AUGAUACUACCUCUAUUGAAACAGAAAAUUCUAGCAAUGCUUCUGAACAGACAAACUUACAUUGUGAUGAGUCAAAAACUUGUGUCUAUACUAUUAAUACUCUUGCAAUUAAUAUAUUUGAUAACACUUCAAAUUCUGAUAUACAUUAG